AAUCUUCCUUUUUCUGCAAUGGAGGUUUGGCUCUAGAAUUCUUGUGCGAAUCGGAAGCGCUGAUCAGCCGCACGAGGAUUUCAGUAAGCUCAAGCUACUGCGGAGGUUGAUUUUUCUCGUCAGCAAUGCGGAGACUGAAAUCGCUGUUGCCGUUCGCCCGGACUGGUUUUGUAUCUCAACAGAGAAGAAGCUUUUCUGCUCUCCCCAGCUAUGCGCAGCCGGAUUAUCUCCAGAAAGAAGAGGUGUUGGUGCAAGGCAGGGCGAAUUCCAGAGAGGCCGUUCUGAAUAGACCAGCUGCACUGAAUGCUCUCACUGCUUCCAUGGUUACUCGAUUGAGCAGAUUAUAUGAGUCUUGGGAGGAAAACUCGGAUAUAGGAUUUGUCAUGAUGAAGGGUAACAGUCACAAAGCAUUCUGCUCCGGCACGGAUGUUGUUGCAAUAUAUCAUCUCAUUAAUGAAGGGAAAAUUGAGGAAUGCAAAGAAUUUUUUCAGAGUUUAUACAACUUCGCCUAUGUUUUGGGAACAUAUCUUAAGCCAAAUGUGGCUAUAAUGGAUGGUAUUGUUAUGGGAGGUGGGGCAGGCAUUUCACUUCCCGGGAUGUUUCGUGUUGUAACUGAUAGAACUGUCUUUUCGUAUCCAGAGGUUCAGAUAGGUUUCCAUCCCGAUGUAGGGGCAUCAUAUUAUCUCUCUCGUCUUCCUGGAUAUUUAGGUGAAUACUUAGCUCUUACGGGUGAGAAGUUAAAUGGCGUUGAAAUGAUGGCUUGCGGUCUAGCUACACACUAUUCUCUCAAAGAAAAACUUCCUCUGAUUGAAGAGCGGCUCGGUAGUUUAAUAACUGAUGACCGCUCUGUCAUUGAAAACGCCCUUGCUCAGUAUGGUUGUUUAGUCUAUCCUGCUUAUGAGAGUAUAGUUCAUAGGAUUGAUGUAGUCAACUCAAUUUUCAGCCACAAUACAUUGGAGGAAAUUGUGGAAGCUUUGGAAUCAAAAGCAGCCGAACCCGAAAAUAAGUGGCACGCUAGAAUGCUGAACAAAAUAAAAGAAGCUUCGCCACUGAGCUUGAAAGUGACAUUGCAGUCUAUUCGAGAGGGUCGAUUUCAAACUAUUGAUCAGUGCCUGACUAGGGAGUAUCGAACAUCCCUGAAGUUUAUAUCCAAGCACGUCUCAAAUGAUUUUUGCGAGGGUGUACGUGCAAGAUUAAUCGACAAGGAUUUUGCUCCAAAGUGGAAUCCAUCAAAGUUGGAGGAGGUGACUGAGGACAUGGUCGCCUCGUUCUUCGCCCCUCUCGGUGAAAUCGAGCCUGAAUUGAAGCUUCCUUGUGAAGUACGCGAGCCGGACGUAUGAAUUUUUUCACAAAAAGGAAGAAGCAGGUUAACUUUGGUUAUUUCUGAGGCAAGUGCUUCUUUGUUAACUGCAAAUUUUGUGGUGAUUCACACUAGUAAUAGAAUGUGGCAUUGUCGUAUGUUAUAAAGAUAUAUUGUAGCACUAAUAAUGAAUGACAUAUGUUUGUUUCUUUA